GUGUGUGCGCGCAGUCCGCGCGCUGAGUGUGGCCGCCGGGACCCAGCAGCCCGCCGCCCGCCCAGUGCCCCUCUUUCCCAGCUCCUCAGCCGCCUCACCCGGCCUUCCAACACCCAUCCCUUGGCUUUGCGGCCUCCACUCAAAGUUUCCUUGGCGUAGACGCUUAGGCGCAGCGGCUGGAGCCAAGACGCCGGGGAGGAGGGCGAUCCUCGGCGUGGCUCUGCUGCCAGCACCUGCUCCGCACCGAACCCGCCUGAGCGCAGGUUUUCUCCUCACUUGGCGGGAGCAGGGGGAGGGGUGCGGUGGCGAGAAUCAGAGAGGAGCCCCGGCUCCUGACCGCAGAUACAGCUUGCCUACCCAACGCAUUUGUGGGGUCACUGAAGAAAACUGGAUCCGCAGCCAAGUUGCCUGAGCGGGGACAGGGGAGGUUUCCACGGCCAUCCAAGGUUGUCCCUGUUUCAGUCGCCACAGGCGUGAGGGUUUGGGGACACCUAGGCUGUCAGCGCUUCAGAACCUUCAUUUCCUCCCUGGCCCCUUUGAAAAGAAAAAGCUGACAGAGCUGAGGCAGGAGGACGCCUGAAAGAAGCCCCGGGACUCCUGUGAGCCUCAUCCUCCUUGGCUUUGGAUUUUAAGGACACGAAGGGGCAAGAACAACAUGUCAAGGAAAUCUGCUGAUGAUGGUUUCAAGAUGUAGAAUCCUUGUAUGUGAAGUAUCCCAAAUGAAGCUGAGGAAUCUGUAUUGAAAGUACUUCAUGUUGUGGAAUUGGAGAGUGACACGAGAAGACAGCAUUAUGAGCUCUUGGGGCUUCUAAUCUGUUCUGUGGAUUUUUAAACAUAUGAGUAUAGUGAAAUAAUCAUAAAAAGAGGUUCUAAGAUCAAGAGCACAGGAGACCACCAGCAUGAGGAGCCCAAUUCAUAUUGAUGAAGUAAAAGAAGCAAAAUGCAGUAUUCAAGGCAUGUUUCAAGCAGUUGGCUGGUGGGACAUUGAGAGAUGCUGCUGCCUGUGACUUGGUGGAGUUAUCAUGAUCAACAACUCAGUACAGAUUUCACCCAGUGGCCAUGAGCUUUGUCUGAUAGAUGCCAGCAGGGGUUGGAUUUUUAAAAAGGAGCAAACCAGGUAAAUGAAAACAAUCACAUCUGCAACCUGGGGAUGGUUUGAUGGAUAAGAAAGCUUGCAGUGAGAACAAGAGGACCUGAGUUCAAAUCGCCAGCACCCACUACACCACUCCACUAUUUCUUCUACAUAGUUCUUUUAAGAGACAAUCAACACACAGGCCCAUAACCAAGGUGUAGACUAAGAAGUGGAGUCAUGCUUCACACGGCUAUACCAUGCUGGCAGCCAUUCCUGGGUCUGGCUAUGGUGUUACUCUUCAUGGGAUCCACCAUUGGCUGUCCUGCUCGCUGUGAGUGCUCCGCCCAGAACAAAUCUGUUAGCUGCCACAGAAGACGCUUGCUCGCGAUCCCAGAAGGCAUUCCCAUUGAGACCAAAAUCUUGGACCUGAGCAAAAAUCGACUAAAGAGCAUAAACCCCGAAGAAUUCAUCUCAUAUCCUCUGUUGGAGGAGAUAGACUUGAGCGACAACAUCAUUGCCAAUGUGGAGCCCGGGGCAUUUAACAAUCUCUUUAACCUGCGUUCCCUCCGCCUAAAAGGCAAUCGCCUUAAGUUGGUCCCUUUAGGAGUAUUCACAGGACUGUCCAACCUCACCAAGCUUGACAUUAGUGAGAAUAAGAUUGUCAUUUUGCUGGACUACAUGUUCCAGGAUCUGCAUAACCUGAAGUCUCUAGAGGUGGGGGAUAAUGAUUUGGUUUAUAUAUCACACAGGGCCUUCAGUGGACUACUUAGUUUGGAGCAGCUCACCCUGGAGAAGUGCAACUUGACAGCGGUACCAACAGAAGCCCUUUCCCAUCUCCGCAGCCUCAUCACCCUGCAUCUGAAGCAUCUCAAUAUCAACAAUAUGCCUGUGUAUGCCUUUAAAAGAUUGUUCCACCUGAAAAACCUAGAGAUCGACUAUUGGCCUUUGUUAGAUAUAAUGCCAGCCAAUAGCCUCUAUGGUCUCAACCUCACAUCCCUUUCAAUCACUAACACGAACCUGUCCACUGUCCCCUUCCUCGCCUUUAAACACCUUGUAUACCUGACCCACCUUAACCUCUCCUACAAUCCCAUCAGCACUAUUGAAGCAGGCAUGUUCUCUGACCUGAUCCGCCUACAGGAGCUUCAUAUAGUGGGGGCUCAGCUCCGUACUAUUGAGCCUCACUCCUUCCAAGGGCUCCGUUUCCUCCGUGUGCUCAAUGUAUCUCAGAACCUACUGGAAACACUGGAAGAGAACGUCUUCUCUUCCCCUAGGGCUUUGGAGGUCCUGAGCAUUAACAACAACCCACUAGCCUGCGACUGCCGACUCCUUUGGCUCCUGCAGCGACAACCCACCCUGCAGUUUGGGGGCCAACAGCCCAUGUGCGCCGGGCCAGACACCAUCCGUGAGAGGUCAUUUAAAGAUUUCCAUAGCACUGCUCUUUCUUUUUACUUUACCUGCAAAAAACCCAAAAUCCGUGAAAAGAAGUUACAGCAUCUACUCGUGGACGAAGGACAGACGGUCCAGCUGGAGUGCAAUGCUGAUGGAGACCCACAGCCCAUAAUUUCCUGGGUGACACCUCGAAGGCGGUUUAUCACCACCAAAUCCAAUGGAAGGGCCACUGUGUUGGGUGAUGGCACCUUGGAAAUCCGUUUCGCCCAGGAUCAAGACAGUGGGGUGUAUGUUUGCAUCGCUAGCAAUGCUGCUGGGAACGACACCUUCACAGCAUCUCUCACUGUGAAGGGAUUCACUUCAGACCGCUUCCUUUACGCAAACAGGACCCCUAUGUACAUGACUGACUCCAACGACACCGUUUCCAACGGCACUAAUGCCAAUACUUUCUCCCUGGACCUGAAAACAAUACUGGUAUCUACAGCCAUGGGCUGUUUCACAUUCCUGGGAGUGGUUUUAUUUUGUUUUCUCCUUCUUUUUGUGUGGAGCCGAGGAAAAGGCAAGCAUAAAAACAGCAUUGACCUUGAGUAUGUUCCCCGAAAAAACAAUGGUGCUGUUGUGGAAGGGGAGGUGGCUGGACCCAGGAGGUUCAACAUGAAAAUGAUAUAAGGGCCCAUCACACACUACUGUCUCUGUGUUACUGUUGGUCAUGAGUAAGACAUUCUGGUAUAGUGAAUCGAACACAAGGUUAUCAGGCAGCUUCAUGCAGCUGCCCCUGUGUCAAAGCAGGGUCCAUGGAAGCAGAAAGACUUCUCAUGGAGACUGGCUGAUUAGAGGCAGGCAGGCAUGUGUCAGAGCCCUUCACACAGUGGGAUACUAAUUGUUUGCAUUGCAAAUACUGGCAUUCUGGGGAUCUCAGUAAUGAACCUGAACCUUUGGCUCAUGCUGAUGGACAAUAAUCCAAUAUUUUCUACCACUGCAAAA